AUGUUAUCUAGAUCAAUUCAAUCCUCAUUGAGACGUAGUACUACCGUUCUCAAAUCUACAACUGUUAAAUCCACUUUAAAAGCUGCUAAUGUUUCUGCCAUUAGAACCCUCCAUAGAUCAUCCCCAUCAAUUGCCUCAAGUUAUAGACCAACCCCAUUUUUAACUUUCCAAAGAUAUGCAAGUGUUUCUGUAAAAGUCCCAGAUAUGGCUGAAUCUAUUACUGAAGGUACAUUGGCUGCUUUUAACAAAGAAGUAGGUGAUUUUGUCAGUCAAGAUGAAACCAUUGCCACUAUUGAAACCGAUAAAAUUGAUGUUGAAGUCAAUGCUCCAGUUUCUGGUACCAUUACUGAGUUUUUAGUUGAUGUUGAUGCCACUGUUGAAGUUGGACAAGAAAUCAUCAAGAUCGAAGAAGGUGAAGCUCCGGCCGGCGGUGCUGCUGCUGCCCCAGCCAAAGAAGAAGCUAAAGAAGAAGCCCCAGCCAAGAAAGAAGAAAAACCAGCUGAAACCGCUGCUGCUCCAAAGAAAGAAGAACCAAAGAAAGAAAGCAAACCUUCUACCCCUAAGAAAGAAGAACCAAAAAAGACAGAAGAAUCCGCUCCAUCAUUCACCAACUUCUCUAGAAACGAAGAAAGAGUUAAAAUGAACAGAAUGAGAUUGAGAAUUGCCGAACGUCUUAAGGAAUCACAAAACACCGCUGCUUCAUUGACCACUUUCAAUGAAGUUGAUAUGACUAACUUGAUGGAUAUGAGAAAACAAUACAAGGACGAAUUCCUUGAUAAAACCGGUGUCAAGAUGGGUUUCAUGGGUGCAUUCUCCAAGGCUGUUUGUUUAGCUCUUAAAGAAAUCCCAGCUGUCAAUGCUGCCAUUGAAAACAACGACACUUUGGUUUUCAGAGAUUACGCUGAUAUUUCUAUUGCUGUUGCCACACCAAAGGGUUUGGUCACUCCAGUUGUUAGAAAUGCUGAAUCAUUAUCUAUUUUGGGAAUUGAAAAAGAAAUCUCCAACUUGGGUAAGAAAGCCAGAGAUGGUAAAUUGACUUUGGAAGAUAUGACUGGUGGUACUUUCACCAUUUCUAACGGUGGUGUUUUCGGUUCCUUAUACGGUACUCCAAUCAUCAACAUGCCACAAACUGCUGUUUUAGGUUUACAUGGUACUAAAGAAAGACCAGUUACCAUCAAUGGUCAAAUUGUUUCAAGACCAAUGAUGUACUUGGCUUUGACCUAUGAUCACAGAGUUGUUGAUGGUCGUGAAGCUGUCACUUUCUUAAAGACUGUUAAAGAAUUAAUUGAAGAUCCAAGAAAGAUGUUGUUGUUAGAAUAA